CUCUCAGUCGUAGCAGCCUUUCCAGCGAUUUUCUUCAAAUCGGCCAUGAAAGCUGUUCUGCUCAGAACUACUUCGGGUUCGAGUCCGACUCAAGCAUCCAUCGGUUUUUGCUCGCCGAGGGGAUCUUUCUCUGAUCAUGAUCACGGCACCGGAAUCUCUUUUUCCGGCAGGAAUACCACCCCAUCUCCUCGAUCCGCCUUGCAUUUCGAGAUGAAGGAUAGAAGCUGGAUUCCGACGAGUUUUCGACGAGCUUUGUCUGAUACCGACCUGAUCCGAACGGAGAAAGCGAGCUCCGGCAGGUUCCGAGCUCUGAAUCGGGUCUUUUCCCGUUCGGUUCCGGCACGGAUAUCAGAGGAACAAGAUCUCUCUGAGGAGAGCGUCGAUCUGCAGAGUGAAAUGGGAGAGGAUGAAGGAUCUCUGAUGUCGAAGUGGAAGAGUUUCGAUCUCGGAGUUUCAGAUCGGAUUUCGGGAAUUUCGCACGAGGAAUUGGAGUUUCCCAGCGGUGGGAUGGGGAUGGGGAAGGGGAGGAAGGUCGGGGGAGGUGGCGAUGGGACCGGAGAUUUUACCAGCGGGAGCGGCGAUCAGAACAAGAUCGGAGCAUAUUACCAGGAGAUGUUGAAGUUGGACCCUGGGAAUCCGCUUCUGCUGAGGAAUUACGGAAAAUACCUGCACGAGGUGGAGAACGAUUUGGAAAGAGCGGAGGAGUAUUACGGGAGAGCGAUUCUGGCGAGUCCUGGAGAUGCAGAGGUAUUGUCUCUAUAUGGAAAGCUGACAUGGGAGACGCACAAGGACCAAGGAAGAGCCAAAAGCUACUUCGAUCAGGCAAUCCAAGCCGCUCCUGAUAACUGCUAUGUGCUUGGAUCGUACGCCCAAUUCAUGUGGGAUGUAGCUGAAGACGACGAGGAAGAAGAAGGUCCUGGAGAAGAAAGAAAUGUGGAUGGGAAAUCCCCGACUUUGGUUGAGGCCUGUUAAUGGAGUUUCUCUAUCUCUCUGCUGCGGUGGCUAACACAAUAAUAAGAUAAUAAAUAAAUAGUGAUUAAGAAUAUAAAUGAGAUUAACUCAAAGAUGUACAGCUAAGCUAUAAGAGGUUAAGGGAUUGAAAUAGGGGGGAGGGGAGUGUUUGUCUAUGCCUUUCUAACGACGUUGUCGUCUUCCAUUUUUAAAUAAAAAGGGAUUUCCAUUACCUAAAAAUAUACUA